AUGGGUGGAAUUGGCAAGACUACUUUGGCUCAGCUCAUUUACGAUGAUGAUGGUGUCAAAAACCAUUUCGAUCUGAAAGCAUGGGUUUAUGUAUCUGACGAGUUUGAUGUUAAGAGAAUAACAAAGGCAAUUCUGGAGUCAUUCACUCUCCAGUCAUGUGAUUUGAUAGAGUUAACUAACCUUCAAGGUAAACUUGAGGUCACGUUGCCAAGAAAAAAGUUUUUGCUUGUCCUAGAUGAUGUGUGGAACCAUAGAGAUGAAGAGUGGAGUUCACUACAAUCUCCGUUGCAAGUUAGAGCACAUGGAAGUAAAGAUGAACUACCAGAUUCUAUCGGAGAUCUAAAGCAUCUACGAUGUCCCGAACUUGUUGGAAGAUUACCCAAUGAUCUUCCUCGUGGUAAAUCUCUUGAUAUUAAUCGUUGCUCACAAUUGUUGAUUGAUGCUUCAAGACUUGUUUUUCCAUCACUCAUGUCAUUGUUUAUGAGUCAUGUCAUGCUCCCAAGCCUUCCAGCACUCUUAGAGAUGAAGAACAAGCUUGACCUUGAUUCAUUCACCUUGGAUAUUAGUUUUGUUACAGUUCUUGAUUUCUUUUACUAUCCAAACAUAGCUGAUGAAGUGUUACUAGAUAAUGCAACCUCUAAGAAUCUGACUUCAAUAACUGCUUUGGACAUUUCUUGUGUUGAAAAUCUGGUGUUCCUACCUACAUGGUUUACUCAAGGUUUAAUGGGACUCGAGAAAUUAGGCAUUAGUAACUGCAAAGAAUUCGUGAUGCUGUGGGAGAAUAAUAGUAAGAAAAAAAAAGAAGGUGGUUGGAAAAAGGAGCAACAUGAGGGGUUUUCUUGCAUGACAAGACUCGAGUAUUUAAAUAUUAGUAAUUGUGGAGUGUUGGAGAAACUGCUACACGAUUUGCACACCUACACAUCUUUUGGGGUGCUUAAAAUGGAUAAUUGUAAAAGUCUUGUCUCUUUUCCAAAGAAAGGUUUGCCACCUAUGCUUGCGAUUGAUACUUGCAAUGCUUUGGAGUCCCUACCUGAGUUGAUGACACUUAAUAAUCUCCGAGUGUUGUGGGUUUCUAAAUGUGCAAAGCUUACAUAUUUAACACCAAGAGGUGGGCUACCGUCCAUGCUAAAUCAACUUUGGAUUGAGGUUUGCAGAAAAUUAGAGUCACUUUUUGCUGAGGAAGGGGUCAAAAUGGACGGUCCAUCUCUUGAAUCUAUUCGUAUCCAAUAUUGUGAGAGGCUCAAAUCUUUACCCAAUGCCAAUAAUCUUAGAAAUCUCGGUCAAUUGGAGAUAAGAUCAUGUUAUAAUCUAGAGUCCCUGUCACUUGGUGCUCUUGACGAGAACAACAACAACAUCAACCAACUCACUUCGCUUUAA